GCCGGAUGUGGCGCCAUGGAGGCCUUGAGGGGCGCGAGCGAGCCCGCGAGAGGAAAAUAAAGGCGAACGAACCGCCGCCGCCUCAGUCCCCUCAGCCGCCGCCACCUCCUCCUCCUCCUCACGGAGCGGUUCCUCUUCUCCGAAGCCUCCGGACAUGGGGCCUCCGCCGCCCGCUCAGUUACCACAACAAGAGCUGGGCCCGCCUUCGUCGUCGUCUUCUUCCUCGCCUUUUCCUCCAGCCGGGACGAGCCAGCGGAGGGGAGCGACUCGCGGGGUGGGGGUGAGCGAGCGAGCGAGCGGCCUUGAGGGGUUGUGUAUUAGUGGCGGGGGGGGGGAACGGUUUCUCGAAAGUACGCAUGCGCGGGGGUGGCGGGGGGGUUAAUGGAGUUUGGGGACCCCCCCUCCAACGUUAGGUACACCCCCCAUCCCCCCAGAUAGGUGAGGGCGGCCAUAAUAUUCCAGUAGCGCCGUGCACGCGUUUACAGAACAACAACAACAACAAAGGUCAGUCCCCUGCCCCGAGGAGCUUCCAGACCUAUGGUGGGAAACGGGCGGGCAGGAAGAGCAGGUGCAGCUCUACUUGGUUGCAGGUGGAAGCAGGGACCGGACUGGAGGAAGGAGCCCUGGGGCUGAAACAGGGCAGAGUGAGGGCAGGGGGGUCGUAGCUAGGAAGACACCAGCCUCUGUGCCUUUUGGAGGGAAGGGUCAGCGGUGUCGCUGCGGGUACUGGGCAUGCAGGAGGCUCCAGGAUCAACCUCUGGCGUGAAAAGGAUCCGGUGGGAGGUGUUGGGAAAGACCUUUUCUGCCCCUAAGCUGCUGCCGCUGCCAAUCGGAGCAGACCAUUUUGGGCCUGAUUGAGACAGUAAUCAUGGCUUGGAAUGGGGCUGACUCCCAUAUUCCGUUGCCAAGAGAGAAAAUACACAGAGAACUCCAUCGUUUCUCUCCCCUUAAGAUAAACGUGAAAAACUUGGAGCUUCCCGUAGUAGAGGAGUGCAUGGGAUUUUAGUGCUAUGAACUCUGCUUGCCCUGUUCUCCCCCUUCAAUCCUCACUUCUUCCAUAAAACUAGGUUAAGCACUUUCUGCACCUGUUUGUUCGUAGAGGGUUCCCUGAGUCUUGGAUGCAGUCUAAGCCAUGUGCCUCAGCCACACAAACAGCAUUUUAGCCGUUCAGGUCUUGCUUGAGCCUUUGGCUAUGUGCAGAAGGCUUUCCGUUGGUAUGUAAUACAAUGUAAAUGACAAAACAAAAACAAGGGCAUGCUUCAGUUUCCCAGAUGUAAAAUGUAAACAAUAAUUAUGUACCUGGCAGGCCAAGAUGAGGACAUUAAGGUGCUGUGACUAUUUGUUCUUAACAUACAGUCGUUACUUCAGAAAUCUCAGAGCUGCUGUAGAAAGUGUUCAUGUGGUCUUAGCAGCGGAACAGUUACCAGAUCUUUCCCCCACCUCCUUGGCUUCCAUUGCUAUGGGGCUGGUGCUCCCAGAUCACUCGUCUCAUCCCAAAAUACAUUUUCCCAAUAGCAAUUUUUAAAAGUGACAUCUGUAUUUAGAAGAUCAACACAGGAAUGGGGUGGAGCAGGCAAGAUACUUUAUUCUCAGGUUAUGAAAGGUCACCCCCAACACUUCUGGAAUUUGGAUUGUAACGAUGUAAUUUCCAUCGCCCAAGUGGGAGUAUUCCUUUUUUUAAAAAAAUAUUAUAUUUUUAUUAAAUUUUCAAAUACAAAAACAAAUUUAUGCAUUCCAUACAUCUUAAUUACAUCUUACUUCUCUUUUUUUACUUCCCUCAAUUUGUCUGCCGUUCCUUCCCUUUAUUACCUUUUACAUAUUUCUGCCCUUUUAACCAUUUCGCCUCACAGAGUUUCCUUAAAACUUACAAACAUAAUUUUAUUAUCACUCAGUUUUUGCAUAUAUUGGAUAAACUUUUCCCAGUCUUCUGUAAAUCUUUGGUCUCGUCGAUUCCGGAUCCUUCCUGUCAUUCUGUCCAAUUCUGCAUAAUCCAUCAUUUUAGUUCUCCAUUCUUCUAUCGUAGGUAAUUCCUCCUGUUUCCAUUUCUGGGCCAUCAAUAUUCUUGCUGCUGUCACUGCAUAUAAAAAUAACUUCUUUUCUUUCUUAUUUAUCUCAUUACCUGUAAUGCCUAGUGAAAAAAAGCUUCUGGUUUCUUAACAAAUGUAUAUUUCAACAUUUUCUCCAAGUGGGAGUAUUCCAGGCCUUAUAGCAGAGUGGGAAUUUACUGGUCCUGUUUCCUCCCACACUCACUGCUUUGCCUGGCUGGCUAUGUCUCUUGCUGGCCUGGGUAGAGCAUAUAAAGAAGGGGGGCGGGAUGUGCAGCAGCUAGGCCACUAUACAAAGGUAAAAGUUACAUGAGUUGCUCUCUCCACUUUUGCCUCCUGAAGGUUGCCCAGAAGGCACGGCGUCCCUGAGACUGGAAAAGGUUCCCACCCCUGCCCUUACAUCAUGCAGCUCACCUGAUUAAAGCAAUGUACUAGUUCAGUGGGUAAGUGUUGGGUAAGGUAAAUGCCAUCUCCUUUAUCAGGCAUUUGCAAAAGUAAAAGGAGUGUCAUGCACUGAAUCCAAGACACACUGUGUCAGUAAUGAAACCUCAAGAUGAGCUGGACUGUGUCCUGAGCCUUUUUUUUAAAAAUGCAGACAGAUUUCCACUGUUGCUGCAAUAAUUAUACACUCGCUUUGGCAUUUAAGAUUGUGGUAAUAAUCUUUUCUUCAAAUAUUGAAACUGAAAACAAGUCACAAGUGCUCUUUAAAGGUUGAUGUUGACAUCUAGGGAUCUAAAUCUUUUCCUGUACUCAGAAUAGGGCUGGUGCCUAAAAGUAGAUUUAAAAUGUGGAGUCUUGUCCCACCAUCUCUGUGCAUGUGUCCAUUCACUUCCCUUAAUCAUGCAAUUCAUCAUUCCAGGUAGCAACCUCUUCUUGCUGAAACUUUUGAAAAUUGUCAGUGGGUGUGGCUAUACCAGUGAGAUGCCCAUGGGCAGGACUUCUGCUUCAUUUGGCCCUCCUCUGCUAGGCCUGCCAUGACCGCAUUCUUCACCAGCGUCCCCAACUGGAUUCAAGAUGCAAAGCAGGAGGAGGAGGAGACGGGCUGGAAACUAGUCCCCCGCCCCAAGGGCCGAGAAAGCGAGAGCCAAGGGAAAUGCCAGCACGAACCGUCAGGAGCCUCCUUCCCCAGUGUGGAUAAGCUGAGAGCAAACCCAGAGCAGAGACCGUACGGCUGCCCUCAAGUGCACUGUGGCAAGGCCUUUGCUUCCAAGUACAAGCUCUACAGGUAUGUAGGGGGGAUGGGUUAGAGCAGGCAUGUUCAAAGUCCGGCCCAGGGACCUAAUCCGGCCCGCCAGUCAGUUUAAUUCGGCCCCUAAAUAAAGCUCAACAACCUUGGGGGGGAAAUCCAAAAAAAGCUCAACAACUUCAGUCCUAAAAGGUCAACAACUUUCGUCAGCCCUCCUGCAUGUUCACUUCAUCAAAUCUAGCCCUUUUUGAAAAAAGUUUGGACACCCCUGGGUUAGAGGGUUGGGCUAGGACGGAGCAGCCUCAGGUUCAAACUUGGCCAUGGAACAGGUUUGUUUUAGAGCAGUGUUUCCCAAGCAUAAGAAGGAUAACUUACACUAUGUGGCCAUAGGUGAAAAGUUUGGGGCUGCUGGUGAAAGGCAACAGACCUCGCCACACAAGCCUCCAUAACAUCCUCCCCCCAGGUCCCAUUUAUGAUCUGAAUGGUGUAAGAUGUGUGGAUGGGUUUGGCAAAUGCCAAAUUCUUCGCUCUCCUUCACUCCUAUAACUCUUAAAACUGGGAAGAGGAGAAUCUCCUUGCCCAAGCUAACCUGCCCAGCUUUUGUGGUGCUUGUGGUGGAGGCGGGGGCAGGGACACAAGUAAGCUGCUUAUAACCUGUGCUUCUUUUCCCCGCAAGGCACUUGGCCACCCAUUCUGCCCAGAAGCCCCACCAAUGCAUGUACUGUGAGAAGAUGUUCCACCGCAAGGACCACCUUCGCAACCACCUGCAGACACAUGACCCCAACAAAGAAGCUCUCCACUGCCCAGAGUGCGGCAAGAACUACAACACCAAGCUUGGCUACCGGCGCCACCUGGCCAUGCAUGCUGCCGCCAGUGGCGAUCUCAGCUGCAAAGUGUGCUUGCAGAUGUUUGAGAGCACCCAAGUCCUGCUGGAGCACCUCAAGGCCCACUCCCGGAGGCCCUCGGGCAGCGUGAAGGAGAAGAAGCACCCGUGUGACCACUGCGACCGCCGCUUCUACACUCGCAAAGAUGUGAGGAGGCACCUGGUCGUGCACACGGGCCGGAAGGACUUCCUGUGCCAGUACUGCGCCCAGCGAUUUGGCCGCAAAGACCACCUGACCAGACACAUGAAGAAGAGCCACUCCCAAGAACUGCUGAAGAUCAAGACGGAGCCAGUGGACAUGCUAGGCCUCCUCAGCUGCAGCUCAGCCAUGGCAGUGAAAGAGGAACUGAGCCCCGUCUUGUGCAUGGCAUCCCGGGAUGUGAUGAACAGUAAGAGCUUCCCUGGGAUGCUGCCAAUGGGCAUGUAUGGGGCACAUGUCCCCACCAUGCCCAGCUCAGGAAUGCCCCAUUCUUUAGUCCCUAACCCUCUGCCAAUGGGAAUGAGCUACCCCCUGGAGUCGUCCUCCCCACCACAACCUCCCCCAAAGUACCAGCUUGGAUCUACCUCAUACUUGCCUGACAAGCUCCCCAAAACAGAGGUGGACAGCUGUUUGGCAGAGCUCCCUGGAGGCCUGUCCCUUGUGCCUGGUGAGCCAUCCUCGUCCUCUCCUCAGCCUAUCACCCUGGAGGAGACUCUGCUCUCCAAGAGCCCCGCUCUGCUUUCUGAGGCUCUCUGUGCUGCUAACAUGGACUUCUCCCAUCUCCUGGGCUUCCUUCCCUUGAACCUCCCGUCAAUCAACCCUCCCGUGUCCUCGGCGGGUCUGGUCAUGGGCUAUUCACAGGGAGAGACCCAGUCACUCCUCACCACUUUGCCACCGCAAGAGGCGCCAGGAGCUGCGACCUCCCUUGGCUUCGGAGCACUUCACUCGCUGCCCUCCAUGUUCUCUCCUGGCUUGGGUGCAACCACCUUGCCACGUUUUCACCAAGCGUUCCAGUGAGGCAGCUGGGGAAAGAACGGGACUUCCCUUCGGCGUGUGGAUUGGGUACGGCAAAGGUGCCCGGAUUUGUUUUCCUUCCUACCGUAGUCUGGGAAGGCUUGAGGGGAGGAGUGCCUGCAUGGACUGGAACUGCCACGCGGACUUUGAUGUGCGCCUCAGUCCCAGACAGUGUGUAGGUUGCAGCAAAUAGAAAUUCAGGUAUUUCCCCAACCUUGUUUGUUUGGUAAAUCAGGCAUCACACUGACCUUCCUUGGGGCUUCCGUCCUCAUUCCACUUUAUUGAAUCGGGGGUCUGCCUCACGUUAGGGCACAACAUUUCUUCUGCAUUUCAGCACCUCAGUCCACGGGGAAGGCUGGAAGAGCCUGUUGUCGCCUGCUGCCCCUCCCACAUCACCUCUCCUGGUUGCGCCCACACAGUACUGAGUGUGUGCGGAGUCAACACUUCCUUUCUUCAGAGCCGCAUCAUUAAGACUCAUUCCAACCGAAUCGUGUUUACGCGCCCGUAAAAAGUCUUCCCGCCCACCCCUCACCCCCACCAUUGCAAAUCAGGAAGUGCCAGGAACACCGUCCUUGUUUCUGGCGCAGCUCGCACACUGUUUACACAAUGGAAUCGGGUCGCCCUGAUUUCACUUCACUACUUCCAUUUCUUCCCCUGUGGGGAAAGCAAAACUGACUAUGGAUUGCUUUUGCCAAUUUAGCUGACUGCUCUGUAGGUCAUGUUCCCUUAAAUCUCAGCGUGGGUCAGAAGGAUCCUGCUGCCCAAACAGCCCGGCUUGCUUUUCUGUGUUUGUGAGCACUCUUUCCCAAAGCAUACGCAGGGAUGGAGGGGAGUGGACCACGGCCUCACCUGUUAAUGGAAGCUCGUUGCUUGAGGGCUUCUCCCCACUUCUGUGGCUUGCUUAAGUUCAGCACUGAGGUCUGCCACAAUUCCUUGCAAUUGACACUUGGUCCUUGGCUUUGAAGCACAAAGGAGCUUGCUGAGAGAAGCCAACGCUUCAGCCCAGCAGCAGCAAGUCCUGAGAAGAAGCUUCCUUCUACCUCACCCCAGUGCUUGUUGGAGGAAGCCAUUGGGCUGUGCUUUGCAGUAGCCAUAGAGCUUAAUAUUUCAGCCUCAUAGGCAUUGGAGUGGGCUUGCCCAAGCCGUUCCUUUGCCCAAAGGAACAGGGCCACAGUCUUGUUCUCCCAGUGGCUCAGCAAGACUUGUGCCACUUGCCUCUGCUUCCCACAACUUCCUAUGCUCUUUUGUCUCCUUGGGACCUUGCAUUCCCUUGUAAGACCCCCUGGGCUUUUCUGUCCCCCCCAACCUCUCUUGCACAGCCAGUUCCUAGCGUUUCCCCUGUGUUCCAGGAAUGUGUUACCCCAGUUAAAAUGAGGGCUGCUUUGUAAUGUUUUCUGCGAUCUUGCACCCAUACAGUAAACCAAAGGGUGGGGACAUGCAAAGAGUGCAGUGGCUGUCCGGGUUGCUGCCUGCUUCUUCUGCGACAGUUCAGGGUCCUUGCGUGCUUUGUCUUCCAAGGCAAGUUGAUGAACUGGGCCCAUUGGUGCUUCCCAGUUGCUCCUGGGUUUCUGCUUCUCCAUCAUGCAUUUGCGUCCUGGGUUUGCUGCUUCCUUUCCCCCUCUUGCUUGGAUUCCACUUCCUUUUUCCCUUGCCAUUUCAGCAAGCUGCUUUCCUGGGCUAUUCUGUCUGUAUCACAGCAAAUACCUCAUGAAGUAGGUUCCCUUCCUCCCUGUCCUUAUGAAUUCGCACUUGGUAACCUCGUUUGGGGUCAGUCUGCCUGUGUGGCACUUCAGGGUAUCUUCACGAGCCCCAGAUGUUCACUUCUUCAUACCUCAGAUAUAUACAUACAUAUAUAAAUAAAUAUAUGGGGUGGAGUAGGGGUUAAGACAGUAGGAUCUGUUUCUCUUGCUUGCCUGCGUAUAAGCCUACCUCUGCCUUCAUCCUAAGAUGUAGUUAGUGGUCUCUCUGGAGCCCCUUCUGCUUCAGCAGAUACAUAGCAAGUUUGUUUUCUACUAGUUCCAGUUAGUUCCAGUUUGCUUUUAAGGUCUGGGUUUUUCUCCCAUUGCCUUCCAGUGUUUAGAUGCUUUCAGUACAGGAUUCCCCGUCCUGUCGCAAGGACAGGCUUUGUAGGCUUAGCUAGCCCUUCUCUAGCUGGAUUUUUUUCAUAUCAGUUUAGUAUUUUGCAUUAUACUUACCUCAACAAUAGCAUGUGAAAGUGAGUUCCACAAGCCAUGCUUCUUGAUCUGUUUUUAAGACGUUGCCUUUCUAAUUUCAGCGAGUGCCUUGCGCUGGGUAAAUAGGAGAGUGUCUGGGCUUCUCCUUAUCAUUCAGUAUUUUUAAAUACCUCAGUUGUGUUUCCUGUUCCUCUCUUUUUCCAGAAAUUGCUGCACAGUCUCUUAUGCAAUCCUCACCACAUCCCUACCUCGACACUUGUGAUAAAUCUCCACACUUCUGCCUUCUUCAGACUUUUGAACGUAACUGAUCCACGAUUUUCUCAGGUUGAGUUGCCUUUUUGUUGUGUGACUCUUCCAGUUUUUGGCAAUUCCUGCCUUGUCUGUUGCCUGCUUUACUGCUUCCAGCCUUGAGUUUUGACAAAAGUCUGACUCGGGAGAAUAUUUCAGGCUAUAGCCCUUGUUCUUUUGAAUAUGUCUCCAUGACUUGUGUUUCUUUGCUCUUAUUGCCUAACCGAAGAUAUAGGUAAGAUCUCUGUGCCCCCCAAGCCCGCCCAGUAAUUCAGAGCCAUCUUGGACCCCAAGCUUAGUAUUCACAUUUAUACCAAAAUAUUUCUCUGCUAAUAAUUUGGGGUGGGGCAAGAACUUGAGGGAGAAUCAUCCACUGAAGCCAUGUUCACAUGUUACAUAUGUAAGAUUUGCCAUCAUGUCCCUGUGUUCUUCAGCCAGGAUGCAUUUUGCAGGAGGAAAAAGCACAGAGCAGCUCAAACUGGGCUGAGGAGGAGAAAUGUUGCAGAAUCUUCUGUCCCACUACCAGGGCAUUCUCUCUGUGCAGAACUAAGUUUUCUCUGAAGUUUUUUUUUUGGGGGGGGUACUUCCUCCACCCCUUUUAGCUUUACUCAGGAGUGAAAUUGUCUGAAUCCGAAUCUGCUUGGCAGGUAGCCUGGUCAUUGUCACAACUAGGCAGUGGGAAGGAGGCAACACUUAAGAUAGGAAUUAGCAGGUUCCUCCCCUUGGUGCCUAGCCCAGAGAUAGUGCUACAGUAAAAGGAAAGGGUCCAUCAUUCUCACUGCUCGUCAGGACAACUUUCAGGUUACCUUGAAAAGUUAGAUGAGCUGAUUAUCUUACCUAGUAGUUGUUUAUCCUUAUCCCAUUAUUACACUUAAUGACAACUAGUUCUACAAACUUGUAGCCGGUGGAAAUAAGGAUAUUUUCUUUGUGUUAAGCUACUGUAAGUGAAUUUCAUUGAGGCUCAUAUUAUUUGGAAAGCUAAACAACUGGUCUGUAUUCACCCUUUCCAACUGGCAUGUGUUUUUUUAAAAAAAAAAUACUUCAGUUGUUUCCUUCCUUUUGAUCCUAAAUGUGGCAUAUUUAUAGGGGACUUAAUUUCACACGACUUGUUUCAUAGUGUGAUGCCCGUUGUGAAGUAGAAUUGGGUCUUGGCGUUAAAGAGGUUUCAUUCCUCCUCGCAGAGAGAAUUCAGCUUUAACCAAGACCAUUCCUUCAUCUCCCCCCUCCCCUAUUUUCCUAGAGCUUACAAAUGAUUCAGGUCAUGAUGAGGUGAUCUUGCCACAGCCAUGCUCUGUUAAAUGCCGCUUGUAUUCUUGUGUAGUCCAAUCUGAUAUUUACCACCCUUUCAUGAAGCAUUGAAGGCAAAAGGUUUUUCUUCCUUUACGGUGUGGCAGAUGCCAGUUCAUGCGGCACAAAGACUGGUAGGAUCACCUGUUGAAGAUUUCAACCAUGUCAAAGGGGGUAUUGGCUAAAAUGGCUGCAGUUUGUUGGAUCCUCUUGGCCAUUUGAUCACCCUUGGUCUACCUUUUUAGCCUCCCUCUUGAAGAAGCUGGUACUUAGACCCUUUCUAGCUUUAGUGAUGCCCGUGUUACAGCGCCCCAAACAUUUAGCUUUGUGGUUUCUUCCUGUAGCAGUUAGCCACCUGUCUUACGCCGAAUGCUACAACAUCGCAGCUCUCUGUGUUGGACUCUUUCCUAUUGACCAAGCUGUUUAUUUCCCUUUUAGUUAGCAAUAAGCCCAAUGGCUUUAUUUUACCAGCACUGACCUCUUCUCUGUAAAUAGUAAACUCAUCAAGGGGCAGGGAGGGUUGUACCGUCCCUUCCUUUCACUGGCACAUCUUAAAACUCAUAACCCAUUUUAUUUUCUGACUGACAUUUUAUUUUCUAACACGCUCUUCUGUCCCAGAACGCUUUGCUCUCCCGUCCUUUUGUGUUCAGAUGAUGCCUUUGCAAGUUCUUUUGUUUCUUGCCUUGUUUUGUGGGAUUGACUGUCCCCAAGAAGAAUGUGUCCUUCACAGCAGUGGAAUUAAAUUUUAGAAUACCACUAUUUCUAGACUUGCCCAUUAGAAAGGGCGAAAGCGAAAAGUUGUGCAGCCUCCUGGGAUUAAAAGGAAGAGGGAAAGUUAACAUCUUUUGGAUUAGUGUUACGUAGGAAUCUUUGCUUAAAUAGUUAUGCCAGAUAAAAUGAAUGACUGCAAGUGCAAGCUCUGUGCAAAGAGUUACACCUACAGUGUGUUGUCUACAUGUGCACUGCAUGCUCCCCUCCCCUCUGCUUUGGUGGUCCUAGCAGAAAGGUCCCCUCGACUGCCAGAUCUUAACAAAAAUGGUGAAAAUGGUAUGUGAUCACAAAGUGGGAGUUUUGUGGCCGAGAGAGUGAGUACAUAUGUUGUUGAACCCUCUGUGAUUCUGGCUUGGUUUGUGUCUUUCUGCAUUUUUUGCAACAGCUGUUUCCUUGGGACAUCUCAGAGUGGUUCCUCUCACCAUCCACCCAAAGAAAGAAAUGUUAUGUGUCGUGUCAAUGAACUAAGUAUCUCUCUGCUGUUAUCCAUGGCUGUUUAAACUGACCCCCCCUCCAAAAAAAAUCUAGGUAGUCUGGAAUGGCUGCCUUCGCCUUUCCAGUUUUAGUGUGUUCUCAACCUCUAGCGAGCAUCUCGUUAAAACUCUGGGUUUUUGCUUAGUCUUAAUAACUAAGAGCUGUGGUUUGUUUUGUUUGUUUUUAAAAUUGAAUGCUUUGUAAUGUGUUUUAACCAAGGUUUUACCCUACCUGCUAAACAGGAUGCUUUUGCCUUAGAGCAGGCUGUGGGGCUAUACCCCCCGCCACACACACACACACACACACACACACACACACACACACUUUGUGAUCUGCCACCUCAAGGCGCCGGCCAUCACUCCCAUGUACCUGCUGCUGCUUGCGAUGGUGGCCAUGUUCUCAUAAUUUCAUUGUACUUCUGUGUGCAUAUAAAGGAUGGUAAGGGAACAGGGCAACUGCUGUCACCCAUGAGAAAAAGGGGGUGAUGGAGGCAUUGCAGGAAGGAAACAAGACUUAGUGGCCUGCACCUCCCCAGAGAGGAACUGAAGCCUGUGGGUGCCUGCACUUGGCAUGGCACGUGCCCUGGGUCAGACAGCUGAGCUCUGGUUGCUCCUGCAAAAGCCUUAAUAGCAUACACUGUGACUCUGGUGUGCUUUGUACUGGGCAGGGUGGGGGGCAGGGAACAUGGGCAGAGGACAACAUAAUCUGCCUGCAGUGGGGCACGAUUCUUGCUUUGGAAUUUGAGAUUUGGGACAGCAUCUAGGAAUGCUGUAUCCCUAGUCAUUUUUCACGGGAAAGUUUCCUGUUCCUCUGAACAGCACAAGAACUGAUGGCUUGAACUCACAGGUGGCCCCUCUGCCUGAAAGUGUCUGUCCCGUGACUGUGUUUUUGCUCUCCUGCUCAGGGCUGUGGUCUUAACAGCUGAACUUUCAAGGGCUCAUUUGGAAUUUCUCUGACCUUGCAAGAGGGAGCUGACCUCUUUGGCUCACCUGAGCCGUACCUGCCUCGUCUCCCAAGCCUGCCCGCCUGCCUGCCCUCCGCAAGAGCCACCAAGGCCCUCUAGGCCUGAAGCUGGGACUUCUCAAACAAAUCUAGCACUUUUUCUAAAUACAGCAAAUAACCUCCUCUGAUGAAAAGUAUUGUAGGACUUCUUACAAGUCCAGGUUUUUAAAACUAAAGAUUGAAGUGCCAUUAGGAAGUGUACAGUUCAUCAUUGUUCAGUUAGCUUUUCUUUUGUCUUACAGAAUUAAGUCCAAAAUGAAAGAGGGUGUGUUUUGUUUUUUUAAAAAUGAAAAUGCUUAUUAAAAAUGUUUGAAGUAU